AGGUGAAAUGAGAAUCAGAACUUUUGAAGCAAAUAAUACUGGUUGGCUCAAAUUGUUACAAUAAGGUUAAAUCGCUAUAAUUUAGAUGCCAACCAAAUGUGUCAAGAAUAAGGAAUGUUUCGAUGUAAUUUGUAAGACAAUGACUUUACAUAGUAAUGACGUUAAGGACAGGGCAGUUGGUUUAUAAACUUCCUGGUAUUGUUAAACGUCCGAAAAUAUGGGUUGUUUAUGUAUACACCUCGAUUAGAGUGCUAGUUUAUCUAGACAGGAAACAAAUAGUACUGCAAUAUAAAUUUGGAAUAAACAUUGGAUUUUGAAAACGGAUAUUUGAUUUAAGUUGGAUUAGGGGAAUAUUCACAAAAAUACUCUUUUGAUGAGUUUUCAGCACGUUUUAUCAUAAACUAUUUUAUGAUGUGAGAAUUACCGAGGCUUAACACUAUUAGUAAUGUGCAUUUAUAAACUCAGUUGUAUAACAGCAAGCAAAUAUGACAGACGAAACCAUGUGGAAGUAAUGUUUCAUAGAAACUUUAUCCAUGAAUCAUCUUGGGGACACGCGCGUUUCUGACGCCAGCAUUGAAAAUAAUGAGGCCCAGCCUGAAAUACUCAACGACCUGGAUUUGGAGGCCCCGAAAACUGGGGGGGCCGGAUGCAAUGAUGCUCCCGCACUGAACCUGUCUUCACUGCGGACGACCAUGGAGGCGGUCCGGCGGGAGAUGGAGGUGAGCUAUUCGAGUGACGGGCCGCCGGGCCUCAACAUACCCGUGGACAAGCCGACCGAGCAGACACUCGUCAAACAGCCAUACUCCGUGGAUGGGGAGCAAAUAUACUCUAAAUAUGUACAGAUCGGGGACAAUAAUGUGAUGCUUAUCUGUGAGCCCCGGGAACGGACGGAGAAGACCGUUUGCCGACAGGAAGGUUCCCGGAACAUCAUGAUCAAUAUGCGGGUGAGCACCAACUUCUACCAGCUGAUAGGCCACGUCCGCCAGACCAAGGAAACCAAAGUCAUUCCGCUAGACUCCGAGGGCGAGGUUUGGCUUGAAAUCAAGCGGAAGAGUAAGCUCGGGUCGGGAUGGCGACAAUCAGGCACCCACAACGAGGCUCGGAGGUCUGCGGUCUCAAACUCUACUGUGAGCUCCCAGGGGUCAGUCAUGUCCUGGGUUGACAACAGCAGGUACCCUGUCUCCGAGGAGCCCCAGCCCAGACACGCACAGGAACACGAGGAUGACAGGUAUGACAAUAACCGGAUUUCAAACAGAGUCGGUGCAGGAUGCAGUAACCGUUUGGAAGAUUUGGCCGUGGCUGGUGCGACAGGACGGCGGUCACCCGUGGAGAAUACAGAUUACGUGGAGGCCCAGGAGUGUCCCUACCAUGUCCUUAGUAUAGACCAGAGCGAAGACAGACUCUCAAUACAUUUCACGAGACGUCGAGGAGAUGACAUGGAAGACCUGGAACGGAUGAUUAUGGGUCAUCAGAGCGUGAGGGACUUUUUGAACAGCCCCAACAACGACUUCGAGGCGCGUAUUGACGAUUGGGAGUAUCAGAGGGACCAGUCAUUGUACAGCUACAUUACAGGCAGACCAUUGCUGGCAGACGAGGUAGAGGAAGUGCAAGUAGAUGAAGACGUGACAGUUAACGGUCGCCCGCUUCCCGUCCUUAUACCCCCAGUACCGCCACGGGGCGACCGUAUGUCAACCGGAAGUUCUGGUUCGAUGGACAGCGGAAGCAGUGGAGGUAGCGUCACUGUGAGUUUGGGACAUCCGACCUGGACUAUAGAAGAGCGGGAAGGCCCUUACCGAUCGUGGCCGGAGUUAGACCCACCAAGCGCCAUGUCAUCCACCGAGAAGAAGCAGCCAUGCAGUCCGCCGAUCAGGGAGACGCCACCGCUACCCCCGCGCCGCUACUACUCUGAGCCAGGGAGCCCUCAACCGGCUUCCGCAACCGAUCGGUUGCCACCGCCGUCGCCGCACCUUCAGUUUCAAGCACAGACCUCCCAGACAGACUCCGGAUGUCCGGCCACUAACAGCCAACGGACGCUCACUAACGCCUCGUCCGGACCGAAACCUUCGGUCGAAAUCAUGGGCAAUCCGGCACUGUCCCCUCCGCCACGUCCACCGGGCAGUACAAGUGACCGGGGCUCGGACACCCUCAUAAGCUGCAACUGGUAUCACGGUCCCAUCACGAAAGAUGAAGCAAAGAAGAGGCUGGAUAAUCAGAAGCCGGGCAGCUUUCUUGUCCGCGACGCCGCCCGGUCGAACGAGCAGGACGGUGACUCUUGCCAUUGUUACACCCUCGAGUUUGUCGAUGACAACUACUCGCCAAAGAAACUCAUGAUCAUGAAAACGAAGGGGGAAUAUCAUUUCAAGGAGUUCAGACAUAAGACAUUUCAACACGUGGAACAGCUGGUACAGAGGGUGAUAAACAGCGGGCUUGAAAUUAAAGACGGUUCAUCACUAAGCUGGAAAACCAUCACCGUCCGCCCCGUUGCUAGAACCAACCCACCACCUUGACACUUUCCAGUGUUUUGAAUUUGCACCGCUCUGAUUGGGCCAGCCGCGCGCAUGUAUUGAAAACGCUUAAUGGAUGGCAUUAUUCAGUAAAUUUGUAUGUGUUGACGUGAUCGACGUUUUAAUAAGUGAAUGAAGGCAAUGGCUCCUUACAACGCUAUAUUGCCACUUUUACAGGCGCCACAAAGUAACAUUUGGAAAUGACAACAUAUUGACGCAAUGCGACGAAAGUGAACAGUAUUCACAUGUGUUUAUUCCUUCCACCUAGUCCCUCUUUAAAAUAAUAGCUUGCAUCAUUUUAAGCUUGUUAAGUAUUUCUCAUAAAACUUGAGCAUGCGUGUUACCUGUGACAGAACGCAUGCUACCGGUGACAAUACGCGUGUUACCAGUGACAGUACGCAUGCUACCGGUGACAAUACGCGUGUUACCAGUGACAAUACGCAUGCUACCGGUGACAAUACGCGUGUUACCAGUGACAGUACGCAUGCUACCGGUGACAAUACGCGUGUUACCAGUGAUAAUACGCAUGCUACCGGUGACAAUACGCAUGCUACCGGUGAUAAUACGCAUGUUAGCAGUGACAGUUCGCAUGCUACCGGUGACAAUACGCAUGUUACCGGUGACAGUACGCAUGUAACCAGUGACAAUACGCAUGUUACCGGUGACAGUACGCAAUUUACCAGUGGCAAUACGCAUUUUACCGGUGACAAUACGCAUGUUACCGGUGACAGUACGCAUGUUACCGGUGACAAUACGCAUGUUACCGGUGACAGUACGCAUGUUACCGGUGGCAAUACGCAUGUACCAGUGCCAAUACGCAUGUUACAAUGUCAAUACGCAUGUUACCGGUGGCAAUACACAUGUUACCGGUGGCAAUACGCAUGUUAUCGGUGACAAUACGCAUGGUACCGGUAACAAUACGCAUGUUAUCGGUGACAAUACGCAUGCUACCGGUGACAAUACGCAUGCUACCGGUUGCAAUACGCAUGUUACAAGUGACAAUAUGCAUGUUACCGGUGAUAAUGCGCAUGUUACCGGUGACAAUACGCAUGCUACCUGUGACAAUACGCAUGCUACCUGUGACAAUUCGCAUGCUACCUGUGACAAUACACAUGCUACCGGUUAUAAUACGCAUGCUACCUGUGACAAUACACAUUUUACCGGUGACAAUAGGCAUACAAUACACAUGUUACCGGUGACAAUAGGCAUGUAUCCGAUGACAACACGCAUGUUACCAGUGGCAAUACGCAUUUUACCAGUGGCUAUACGCAUGUUACCGGUGGUAAUACGCAUUUUACCGGUGACAAUACUCGUCCUUUGUAGUAUCUUAUAGUAUUGUCGUAUCCAUUGACCAACGAUCGUUGUCAUCAUGAUGCGGUGUUCUUGUUUCUCUGGAAUGCUUUUCAAUAUGUUUGUAAAUAUAAAUGAUAUCAAACCACAUCGUUUAAUGUUUUUUUAAGAACUAGGCUUGUUUGUUUUAAUAACUGUGCUGUGUUUUAACCUUCUUUAUAGCAAAGCGUUUCACUCUCGGUAUGUUGCCUGUGCUGUGUGUUUUUUUUUACAUUUUCUUGUAUAUACAUGUAUUAUAUUGUCUUAUAACUUGAUAAAUAAAACCAAACAUAUUUGAUAGUA